GGGCAACCCGGGUCACAUGGCCUCAGCUGACACCACGUGGGGCGUGGAAACCCAAGAUCGACAAUCCAAGGAUUGAAGACUUUCACCACUCCACAGCCAUCCAAUGCGCGUCCUUAGCCGUGUACCCACGUCUAGAACUUUUUCUCGCGUGUUGACUACCUCGGCUUUCGGGAAGCUCCAGACCACAUCCAUAAUGCCGAAGGCACAAGCAAAAGCAGAACCAUCGGAUCUUCCGACUCACCCCUUUAGAUCAGCCACUGACUUUGAACAAUUUCUCGAGCGGGAGCAUGCCACAUCUCCGGGGAUCUAUGUGAAGCUGGCCAAAAAGUCUUCAGGCAUUCCAUCCGUGUCUCGCGAUGAAGCGGUGGAGACCGCAUUGUGUUUCGGAUGGAUCGAUGGUCGUGCGCACGCGUACGAUGAGGACUGGUGGCUGGUACGAUAUACCCCACGACGUGCGAAGAGCAUCUGGUCCAAGAAAAACGUGACGACCGUCGAGUCGUUACUCAACGCCGGUCGUAUGCGGCCAGCCGGUUUGGCCGUGGUCGAAGCUGCACAGGCGGAUGGUCGCUGGGCUCGUGCAUACGAUGGCCCGGCCAGUAUCACCGUGCCAGAAGAUUUCGCCGCUGCACUGACACAGACGCCGGCAGCCUCAACGUUCUUUGAAGGAUUGAAUCGGUCAGACCGCUACUCGGUGUUGGUUCAGCUUCAGUGGAUCACUCCGCAGCGCCGAGCGAAGCGCAUCGAGACAUUGGUCCAGAUGCUAGCAGAUGGUAAAACAGUAGGAGCGUCAGACAAGUCAGCUAAACCCAGCAAACGGAAAACUGUGGACAGGAACCAUGAAAAGGGUGGACGUCGGAAAGCAUCGAAAAAAGCAUGACCGAUGCCCAGUCCACGAUAUCGAUAGACAAGGCAACAUGAGGCUUCAGAUCCACCAGACACAGGGUGCUAGCUCCAAUUCUUUGCGACGAUUUAGGAGGCGUAGAUCACUAGAACACGCUGGGUUCAGCUCCUUUUCCUGUGUUUAGGAUACUAGAUUUGUGACGACUGAGAAAGUGACCAUUCGCCUUUGUCGCCU